AAUAGCCUUAACCGUGCUCAUUGCUGGGUUCGGCUCUGGGGGCCCGAAUGUGCGGGAGAUGGGGCUCCCGCUCUACCCCUCGUGGAGGGAAGGCACGUCUGCGUACAGGGGCUGCUGCUGCUGUGGCUGCUGCUGAAUGUGGGUGGGGUGUGGACAUCCAGGGGGCCACUGCGGCCGCUGUGCCGGCCCAUCAACGCCACCCUGGCUGCUGAGAACGAGGCCUGCCCCGUCUGUGUCACCUUCACCACCACCAUCUGUGCCGGCUACUGCCCCAGCAUGAUGCGAGUGCUGCCAGCGGCCCUGCCCCCUGUGCCCCAGCCCGUGUGCACCUACCGUGAACUGCGCUUUGCCUCUGUCCGGCUCCCUGGAUGCCCACCUGGUGUGGACCCCGUGGUCUCCUUCCCCGUGGCCCUCAGCUGUCGCUGCGGGCCCUGCCGCCUCAGCAACUCCGACUGUGGGGGUCCCAGGGCCCAACCCUUGGCCUGUGACCGCCCCCCACUCCCGGGCCUCCUGUUCCUCUAAGGACCCCUCACCCCAGUGCCUGGAGCCAGCAGCCGCUCUUUUCUACCCCUCCCAAUAAAAGCUUCUCACACUGCA